AUGUUGUCUACAAAAUUCACUCUACGGUCACAUAAAUCAUCCGUAGCAUAUAUCUAUCAAGAUCCAAGAACUCCUUUCAAUCUUUUCACGGCAGAUUCUUCUGGGUUAAUAAUCAAUUGGGAUUUAACAAUCCGUCGACCUAAAAAAUCAUGGCAAGCUCAUACUGAUACCAUACUUACGAUAUCAACAAUUCAUAAUCAUUUAUUAACCCAUUCUCGAGAUAAUACCAUUAAGAUAUGGGACGAGUCGUAUAGCUGUGUUUUGGAAAUACCUUGCAAUGCAUUGAAUUUUAGUAAUAUUUGUAUUAUAUAUGAUUUAUUAAUUACUCCUGCAAGUAUCAAUUCUAAUAAUUUGGAUGUUUAUAAAAUCGAUAAAGAUUGGCAAAUUACAAGAUUAAUAUCGGAUUUUGAUGUUUAUAAAUUAGUUAAUAAAGGUGAAAUAAUAGAAGAAAUUGGAUCUUCUGGAACCAGUCGUAAUGAUUUUGGUAUAAUAAUGCAAAUGAAAAUCAUCCACACUAACACCACUACCACCACCAGUGAGAACAAUUCUGAUUAUAUCAUUUAUGUGGGCUUUGAAAGUGGUGAUAUUGUAGGGCUACAGUUGAUAUUACCACGGGCAAGAAUAUUAUCAACUACAGGAAACACUAAUGAUAAAACCCUUAUUAAUCAAUCAGCGAAAUUUAUUCUUCAAUAUCAUAAUUCAACUCAUGUCCCUAAUCCAGUGAUUUGUCUACUGAAUCUAGAUUCAGUGUUAGUAUCUGGAUCAACAACUAAUAAAGUGAUUAUUCAUAGUGAUCCCAUUGAAAUAAUGAAAAUGGAUCAUUCAGGAAUUCAAGCAAUUGUUAACUUUAAGAAUGAUCGAUUAAUUUUUGGAUAUUGGAAUGGAUAUAUUCAAUAUGGUGAUAUAUCAAUUAAUCAAAGUUUACCAAAAUUAGGCAACACUGAACAAGAAAAAUCGAAAUUAACAAAAAAAUUAACCUUCAUGACUAUUUUGAACGAAUCAAACCAAGAGACAUUACAAUCUCCUACUGGUAAAUCCAAAUAUUUGGCACUUUUGAAAUCAAAAAGAAACCUUGUAUUUCCUCUUUUAUUAGCAGGAUAUGAAGAUGGUUCAAUACUUGCUUACAAUAUAUAG